UUGCCUCGAACCGAAAUUCCCAGAAUAUCCCUCAUUUGUAUUUCAUAUCCCUGCCACCAAACUCUUCGCUCCUCGACGGAGACCCCAACGUUCUUCCACCCUCCUACGUCUUCUCUCUCUUUCACAGCUCUCGUGAUCUGAAUCUCGAAAAUGCAGAGCACAGCAAUUGUAUUCUCCCCUUCCAUUUCUCUCUCUACCAAGCCCCAAAAGCCCACAUCUCUCUACAGAUUCAAUCCCAUUUCCCUCACCCCGUCGAAACAGCUCUGCUUCAAGAAUGGUUGGGUUUCCGGCCCUACUUCGGUUCAUACUUCUUCGAGUCGGAAAGUGGGUUCAAUUCGCUGUUGUUUGAGACCCAAUGGGUGGAUUUCGAACCCAGCGCCAGGAAAUCAGGAGCCCGAGUCCGAGGGUGUUGUGGUUCGGGCCACGUCGGUGCCAGAGAGCGCAGGGGCUGCCGAGAGUCCGCAAUCUAAGAGUGUUACGGAUACUUUGGUGCUGGGAACGCUUUUCGGGCUUUGGUACCUAUUUAAUAUCUACUUCAAUAUCUACAACAAGCAGGUCCUUAAAGCUUUCCCAUACCCAGUGACAGUCACUUUAGUUCAAUUUGCUGUUGGGACUGUCUUAGUUAUGAUCAUGUGGACAUUCAAUCUCUAUAAACGGCCUAAAAUCAGUGGUGCACAGCUUGCUGCAAUCCUUCCAUUGGCCAUGGUUCAUACCUUGGGCAACCUUUUCACCAACAUGAGUCUUGGGAAGGUUGCUGUUUCAUUCACUCACACAAUUAAAGCUAUGGAGCCCUUCUUUUCAGUUGUCCUUUCAGCUAUGUUCUUAGGAGAGGUGCUAUUCCUAUUUUAUCAUAUUAAAGAGGCUAUUAUUAUGAGAUUGCUAACACGGGUUGUUAUGCAGGUUUCGUACAUGAUAUUACAGAGGGUGUCUCCAGUUACUCAUUCUGUGGGUAACUGUGUGAAGCGGGUGGUGGUGAUUGUGACCUCUGUUCUCUUCUUCCGUACACCAGUUUCACCUAUCAACUCUUUGGGCACUGGCGUAGCCCUUUCUGGAGUGUUCUUGUAUUCAAGAGUGAAGCGCAUUAAACCAAAGAUGGCUUAAAUCAGACAAUUUUGUUGGGGAAUUGUGUUAUUAGAUCGAAAAACACUAUCACAAUUCUUGGUUCUAUCUUAGCUUCUUUGCUUUCCUGAGAUUGUCUUAUUUGUUUUUCUGGACAUCCAGAAUUAAUGCUUCUAAUUUGGCUGUAAACUGUUUUCUUCCCCUGUUGUAAUGGCAAUCUGGUUAUAGUUUCGGGGAGGGAAUGCUUUCAGUUUUCGGAGUA